AUGGACCAGUUCGACGACCUUCUCCAGUAUAUCAUUCCCCAAGGCAAGCCGAUGGAUAUUAAAGAGGAGUCUCCAGGUCUAUCCUUCUCAUUAUUAUCCCCCCCAAUUACCCCCUCCCCACCCACGUUGCCGUGUUUGCCCUCGACCUCGCGUCGGAGAGGUUCCUCAUCUUCCCUGGCUGGCUCCAAGCGUCCGAGACCCUACCCUCUAGUCAACCGCGACAGUACCUCACGCAAAGACGAGCUUGGUACCAUGUCCAACAUCGCCUACGGAAACUCCUGGAGUGGAUCCGCGACCAGAAAUGGCCACGGUCGAUCACAUCCCCCUCCCGAACGGAGAUCAUCCGAUGGCGAGGACCAGUCAACAUACACCCUCUCUCACCAGUUCAUCAACGAGCCGUACUUGAGCAACAUCGAGGGUGGCUCAGACCUUCGAUCGAUCUCAUCUAGCUCAAGCUUGACUGGUGCCAUGGGGGAGGCGAGCAUGCACACUCGGCUCUCUCGGUCGCCCGCAUCGUCUCAUAGCGGGCACCUCUACACCGGCAACGUACAAAAUCCCCAAAACCAUGACCUUACAUGGAACACCACCCCCAUGCACACGAACAUGACGAUCGCGAUGAACACCUCUGCCUACCCCGGUGUGGCAGGCCAUGGAGGACUCUUCACUGGCAUGUCCGACCUCCCUUCGCUGAAUGACUUCAACACGACGACGACACGUAACGCCUCACCAGAAUCGUUAUCUCCCCAUUCUCCUCAGCACUAUCCACAAUUCUCCGAGGCCGCGUACCCCGCUCAGGGUCGUGGUAUGCCACAAACCACCAGCGCCACCAUGGGCUUCUCCAGCCACCAGCAGAUGUACCCGGGGUCGUCGACAGGGUCGCCUGAGGACGAGGUUCGCCGCCUUCGCCGUCGCGUACAAGAGCUCGAGCUUGAGUGCUCACGCACACGAUCAGCUCUCGAGUCAAUGCGCAUGACACAACCAGCCGGCGGUCUCCCAACACCGCCUCACUCGGCUGCGUUUCAGUCAGGCUGGCGCACUCGCACCGAGUCCCGCAAGCGCAUCUUCUGCUCACUCAACCGUGCGGGUAACGCGCUGUGUGCGUGGCAUGACUCGCGACGCGAGCGCCGGGCGUAUCCCCCACGGAAUGCACCUCCCGGGUACCUCAACUGCGGGUGCACCUACGACGAGGCGCUGUUCGAGGAGAGCCUGUCGCGGCAUGGCGUCGGCAGUUACCUCCCAGGCGAGACUGUGCGCAUGGACCCCGCGCUCAGGAACCCCCUGUUGAAGCUCCUCCAGGAGCGAUAUAGCUACAAGGAUGGCGACUUCGAGCACGAUCCUCGCACUCAGACGUGGGCCGACGGCGAGUCGCCUGCGGUUUGGGAGAAGAAGGCACAGGCGGGUGGAGUCAUUAGGCGCCGCGCCGACGCAGACCGCCAUUAA